UCAGAGGGAAACUACAUCAGUAAGGAAAGGCUUCCUCAUUCUCCCUGUUUAUCUAAGAGCCGUUUAGAGAAGUGAAACGAACAUAAUGCACAAACACAUUUAAAUAGAAUCUCCCCGCGCCGGUAAAACCCCUCAGAUAGGUCACCCAGAAACCCAGACGUCAUGGAGGCUGGUUCCUCUAAAGUCGGCUUAAAUACGAGACCGUCAGACAAACCAAGCAGAGUUUAACUGAACUGAACCAGAACCAGGAUGUCUGCAGCUCGUUUCAGUCUGUCGCUGGUUGUUCUGCUGCUGGCCGCCGCUGCUCUGACUGAAGGUCUGCGCGGCGUCGGUCCAAAGAAAUGCUGCUUCCGCUUCAAUGACAAGCCGAUUCCCAAAGAGCGGGUGGUGGGCUACAUGAAGACGAGCCAGCGCUGCUCCCAGUCAGCCGUCCUGCUGACCACUGUCGCUAACCGCCAGCUGUGCGUCCGACCUGCAGCUGAUUGGGUGAAGGAGCUCAUUAGAUACCUGGACACCAAAUCCAUCCCAGGAAACGCCUCCAACCUGUAACCAUGGCGACGACAGACCAGGUUACAGCUCCACCGGGUGUUCUGAUGCUACAACCGUCCAGACUGUAACCAAACUGCAGCUCUGCAUUUAAAUAUUAACUUUUAUUCUGACAUAAAUCAGCUGGAAGGAGUUUAUCUGCCGUGAGAAGAACAUUUAGUUUAGAAUGUUUCAGGAUUCAGAAAGAAGAAGAACAUUUAGUUUAGAAUGUUUCAGGAUUCAGAAAGAAGAAGAACAUUUAGUUUAGAGUGUUUCAGGAUUCAGAAAGCAGGUUCAUGUGUUUAUAAGGACCAGGAGGUUUUAUUGAUGCAACACUUUGACGACCAACACUGUGAACGGGUUGAAAUGGAACUGACUGCUACAGAAUAAGCUAACAGGCUAACAGGCUAAAGUGUUUCUGUUCUGGGGCCUCUUUGUCUGAAGCUACAUAAUUGUGUGUUUUUAUUUUCAGUCAGGUUCUAAAGUCAUUGUUUCAGAGAAGAAACCCAAUCAGAGAAAAUAAUAAUUUAUUUCUGUUUGCUUAUGCUGCUAAUUUGAUUAUUUCAAAUAAAAGCGAGACAACGUUAGCAUCUGACCAUGUGGUUUCAUGUGUAGCUGCUCAUUUACUGCUGUUUAGCUCAUUAUUAGCAUCUUCAGAGAAACACAGUGAAAUGUGGUGCAAUUAGUGCAAAUUAAAGCAUUUAUUGAUCUUUU